GAAGCAAACAACCACAGACUAAUAACAUCAAGCAACAGGCAAACAAAAAUCAAAAAAGCCGUUGCGUGUUGUGAAAACUAAUGAAACAUUGAAAAACAAUCGUAAAUAGCAAAAAGCAGCCGACAAACAUGUCUAUCGACUUAAAUUCAUUAAGCACAGCUUUAAAUGAACCAAACAGAAGCGUGACUGGUGUAGAUUUUUCAGGGCGGUCAUUGAAACUCGACACUGAAAAAGAUGCACAACCAAUAAUAGAUGCUAUCAACAAAUGUCCAGACCUACAGUAUUUAACCCUUACUGGCAACACACUGGGUGUGUCAGCCGCACAGGCAAUUGCGAAGGCUUUAGCACAACAUCCGGAAUUGAAGACUGCCAGGUUCUCCGACAUGUUCACUGGCAGGAUGAAGACUGAGAUACCACCAGCUCUGACCGCCCUAGGUGAUGGCAUGAUAGAGGCGGGCGCACGUCUCAAAGUUCUAGACCUCAGCGACAAUGCGUUUGGACCAAUCGGCGUCGAGGGAUUGGCGAAGUUACUGCAGAGUGAUGUUUGUUCACAGUUACAAGAGCUGUACCUGAACAACAAUGGUCUAGGCAUAACCGGGGGCAGGCUGCUAGCUAAGGCGUUGUCCACCAAUCCGAGGCAGUUGCGUGUUUUCGUGGCGGGCAGGAACCGCCUCGAGAAUGAAGGCGCUAAAGCACUGGCCGGAGUCUUUCAGACAAUGGGUACCCUGGAAGAAGUAUCGAUGCCACAGAACGGUAUCUACCACGCGGGCAUCACCGCCUUAUCCGAGGCGUUCAAACAGAACCCGGGACUGGCAUGUCUCAACCUUAACGACAACACCAUGGGUCCUACAGGCGCCGCCGCCAUCGCCACUGCGCUACCCAGAUUAAAAAACCUGAAGUCCAUCAAUUUCGGCGACUGCCUUUUGAAGAGCACAGGCGCGAAAACUCUGGCCAAGGGUUUAAAGGAUUCUACAUUAUUGGAGUCCUUGGACCUAAGCCACAAUGAAAUAGGGAGGGAAGCUUGCAUGGAGGUAGUCGAUGCCUUAACAUCUCUACCAGACAGCACGGACAGACUUACAAGGGUUGUAUUGGCUGGUAACAGUUUGGGAGGUGCGGAGAACAAAAAGACAAUGAAGAACAAACUUGGCCCAUCCGCAGAACUUAGCGAUGGGGAAGGCAGUGAGGAUGAGUAUGUAUCUGGCUCUGAUGGAGAAGAAGAAGAAGAAGAUGAUGAAGAUGGCGACGGUCAGGCUGAUGAAGACAGCGCCACUGAGGACUCAAGGCAUAUCGACACAGUGCUGGACAUGGGCAAUGAGAUCAGCCUCGACCAAAGCGGAAUAGAAGAAGUGGACACAGACGUUGGAAAAUUCCUGAACAACCCCACAAUCGAGAAUCUCAUAAAACUAGGCGCCAACCCAGCAGAUGUCAUAGACGCACAUUUACAGUCAAUACGCGACCAGGAGAGUUUGACACAAGCCUACGUAGAGGCUCUGUGUUGUGUCUCGGGGCUCUCUGGGGAGAGCGUGACUGCAGCCGAAACCUCUAGCCGUCUCUAUCACACGCUCGUGCAAAAAGCGAGACAGCAAUGGUUGCUCGCUAACACGCUACUGCGAGCAUUGACACUGAUCAAGUCAGAAAACAAAGACUACAAGAUCCGGUGGCGCGUCCCGGCCUGCUACUCGGCGCUGGCGGCAGAGAUCGACGCGCCAUACUUCCCCGCGCCAUUACGCGACACGCUCAAGUUCUUCGUGGCGAGCAAGAUGGCCGCCCUUCCGCCGGAAGUGCGCGCCGUGGUCGACAAACAUCCCAACCUGUACACUUGAUGCUACGUUUUAAAAAUCGUUGGGUUUAAUUUAUGUAAUUUAAAAUUAAAAAAUCAAAUAAACGUGACUUAAAAC